CUUCUGCUCGGACGUCCUACGUAGUGACGUAGCCACUGGGUUUAGUUUUGUUGCCCUGCCCUGCCCUGUCGGCUGAGCGGCCACAUUCUUUAGUUUUCCUCCGUCGCAUAGCUGCUGAUACAAUCAUGUCUGACUUCACAGAAGAUCAAAUCUUUGAGUUCAAAGAGGCCUUCCUGCUGUAUGACAAGUCAGGAAACCAGAAGAUCACCUUGAGCCAGUGUGGCGAUGUCAUGCGGGCCCUGGGACUGAAUCCUACCAAUGCUGAUGUGAUGAAAGUCCUGGGGAACCCAAAGGCUGAGGAGUUAAACACCACAUAUUUAGAAUUUGAGCAGUUCCUGCCUAUGUUCCAGGCCAUUGCUAAGAAUAAAGAUCAAGGCUCCCUGGAGGAUUUUGUGGAGGGAUUGCGUGUCUUUGACAAAGAGGGCAAUGGAACAGUCAUGGGAGCAGAACUACGUCACGUACUUACUUCACUAGGUGAGAAAAUGACGGAGGAAGAAGUGGAGACGCUCUUGACAGGACAAGAAGAUGUAAAUGGCUGCAUCAAUUAUGAAGUUUUUGUCCGCAACAUCAUGUCAGCCUGAGGGUCGGUAUGGGCAUUAGGUAUAAAACCUGGUCAAGAUGGUCAUGAGUGGUUGAAGAUGAAGAGGAUCUGAAUUUUGUACUCUGUCACAUACAUUGUCUUCUCGCCCGCAGCCCCGAGCCUUUUCUGUGAAUUAGUUUCCUGUGAUGUUUAAUUUAAAAAGUGUCUUUUACAUUCACCAUAGAAGACCAGAGGUGAGUCUGGAUAUUUUCUGCCAGGUUUAUUCAAAUUUAUGACCAACGUAUAUGCACACAGGACUCAAGUGGUUGCAUCAUUUGCAAUAAUAUUCCAAGGUGCACAGCCUGGGUGUACGUAAAUUUGGAAGAAAAAAAUAUCGUGUCACUGUUCUUUGGGGUGUUACUGUAUACAUAAUGGCUAUCUACUGUAUCACUGUCUUAAGAUUCUUCACUGAGGAAGAGGUUCUUCCAAUAUUACAGCCAUCCUGUGUAUUCAGAGCUAUGCUAUAAGGUAGAACGUUUCAAAGGGGUUCUCGUGUUUUUAGCUCACCCUAUUUUGACUGCUUGAAAUAAAUAUUUUUCCUGAAACCCUA